AUGCAUCUCAGCCAGCCACUCAAGUUGCUUCUCAGUGUCCUUCGAACGUUUAAGGAACCCAAGGACGCUUUCCGCAGUGCGCUUUGCCCCGAUCUUACCGACAAAGAAGAAAUGAUUUCCGGGAAUCUGAGUGGUCAUGGAACUGGGGAUGCCGUGAACGAUCUCUCGCAAAUUGCUGAAGUAUCUCCGGCGCGCCGAAAGACUAGCCGCCGUAUUGAUCUUCGAAUCAUGGCAGUACGCAGCUGCAAUACCAUUCUGGUAGCAUUGAGCCAUCACUUGCUGAUUCAUGAGGAACGACCAGGUUGUUUUGUCCGAGAGAGCGUGGCGGAAGUCGAGCCCGCUUUUCGGGUAGAUGGCACCAAUAGUCGGCAAGCUUUGGUAGUCGUGUACCUGUGCGUCUUUCAUCAACUUCCACUUGUCGUCUUCCUCGACGAUAUCCUUGGUGUCACUGUUGUACCGGAAGCCAGAUCCCGUGAUACCGAUUGGCGUAGCACCGAUGUACUCCUUCUCGUAGAUAACGGGGUCAAUCAGGUUACUGGGUGCAAGGUUUUCAUCUUUGUCCUGUUCCCCGAGCUGGCUCAAGAAGAUGGGCUUCAAGGUUGA